AAUAUGUCAGUUAAAUAAGCCAACCUCCAUUGUCAAGAAAUCAUGUUUUUCUUUGUACUGAAGAAAAAUAAUUACCUCUUCUUUCAAUUCAUAAAGGCGAGCCAACAUGUUGCCUUUGGACAGCCCCCGUACUUCUGUAUGGAACAGAAGAACUUUGUGAUGAGAAUCGAGAUCCUCCCAAAGUCGAGUGAAUAACCGACUGUUCAAAGCGCUGCUCUUGAUGUAGCUUACAAUUCUUAUAGCCGAGUCCAAAGUCUGGCGUAAUUUCUGUGGCAAUGUUUUGGAAGCCAAAGCUUGCCGAUGAACAACAAACACAAUGUAUACUAACC